UGUCGUUUUAUUUAUACCUUUUCCAAAGACACACUCGCUCAACUAGGGGUUGAUACUCAAUAAAUAUAUUUAUCCAGAAAGCGAUGCACAAAAAAAAUGUAUAAAUUGAAGACGCACUAAUGGUGGCAUUUGUUAAAAGUGAAUUGUGUUUUGUGAAAUUUAAAUUAUUGAAUUUGAAGUGAGAAAUGCCGCCAAAAACUAGUGGAAAAGCAGCCAAGAAGGCUGGCAAGGCUCAAAAGAACAUCACCAAGAAUGACAAAAAGAAGAAGCGCAAGCGUAAGGAGAGCUAUGCUAUUUACAUUUACAAAGUGUUAAAGCAAGUCCACCCAGACACUGGUAUUUCUUCAAAAGCAAUGAGCAUAAUGAAUAGCUUUGUAAACGAUAUUUUUGAACGUAUUGCUGCUGAGGCCUCCCGCUUGGCCCACUACAAUAAGAGGUCGACCAUCACCAGUCGCGAAAUCCAAACGGCUGUUCGUUUGCUUUUGCCGGGUGAGCUUGCUAAGCACGCUGUUAGUGAGGGAACAAAAGCUGUCACCAAGUAUACCAGCUCAAAAUAAAAAUGUCCCUAGCUUAAACACACGCUUCCUAUUAAAAAAAAGGCCCUUUUCAG